GCGAGUGUCUGGAAUAGACGACUCGAAGAACGCGACCGCCGGGAUCGAUCGGAUUAAACUCGAAUUGAGUGAAAUUAACACAAAGGAGAAAAACAGAGUCGGCGAAGACGGGAUACCGACACGCCGAACAUUAUAAAAUAACUUGAAUUUCGUCAUUUAUAAACGGACAAGAAAGGAUUGUACUGGAGAUACUAACGGGAGUUAAUUUGAGAAACCCUGAAUUGACCAAGCUUGUUGGGUCCUGUCCUGUAACCUAUCUUUGCCUGACUCUGCAUUCUUGUUCUCUGGGAGAAUUAGGGAAAUAUGGAGUGACAUGCUGCAGAUUAGUUAGCGGAUUAGCGGCUUUGAGGACAUCCACCUCUGUGUGAGCACAGAUUCCCUGGAGCUCCGCUCCCCCCAGCCGCCAGGGCCCCAGCAGCCAUGGCUGACCCGGGGAUGUUGAGCCUGUUCGGGGACGAUGCCAACCUAUUCUCGGACGGGCUGGAGGGCCUGGGAGACUGUGGCUUCCCCCAGGGCCAGCCCAACCCCAUGGGACAGCAGAUGCCCCAUGAGCACCAGGGCUACGGGUCGCUCUCCUCCAACUCCCUCCACCACUCCUCGCAGGCCGGCCCUGGACAGCCCAAGAUGGGCCACCCCUACGACCCCUUCACAGGCUAUGAGCAGCAGCAGGGCCAGGGUCGGCUGUUGGGCAAUGGCCCCGCCGUCAACGGAAUGGCGACCCCGCACUCACGCUACCACAACAACCCCCAACAACCCGAAGGGGGGCACCACGUCUACCCCAGAGCCCAAGGCGAUGGGCAAGGGCAGUCCUUCCCUGAUGGCGGAGCCGUGUGGGGCCCCCAGGCUGGCCCCGGGCAGGGCAGGCCUCCAUUCCAGCAGCAGCAGCAACAGGCAGCCGCCCAGGCCCCCUCCCACCAGCAGCACGGACCCUCUGGGCCCCAGGGCCAAGGCCACCAGAUGGGCCCCUACAUGGGCCGGGCCGACUACGCCACUAUGCAGGGCCACCCUGGCCAGACCCAGACGCCCACCAGGAUCAACCACUUCCCUCCGGGCAUGGGCCAGGAGCCCAACCACUACAUGGGCCACGUGGGGCUCCAGCAGAACCCCAGCAUGACAGGCCCCCCCAUGCGCCACCCGGCACAGCAACAGCAGCCCCCCCAGCAGUUCCUCCACCGUCCCGGCCAGGGCCCUGUUCACCCCCAGGACACCAUGGCCUCCCACACCUCUCGCCAGCAGCAGCAGGGCUUGGCCGGGAGGCCCCACCAGAACAUGGGGUUCAACAUGCACGGCCAGGCAGCCUCUCCUAGUGCUGUAACCAGCUCAGGGCCGUACCCCCCCUACCCCCAGUACGGCAACCUUAAUCAGGGAUUAGCCGUCAGUGCAGGGAUGACUCCCGGCAUGAGCCUCAGCAGCACCAGCAACAACAACAGUAACGCCAGCGGGCCCAUGGGGCCAGCCCAAGUCCAGCGUUACCCCAAUGCAGGGGGGGCCCCACAGCGCUACCCUGGCCCUCAGGUACACCAGCAGCCUGUCCACCCCAACCAAAUCACCGGACAGCCCAUGCACCCCUCUCAACCAUUGCACCCCUCUCAGGCCCAGGCCACCCCGCAACAGCAGCCCCACCUCCCCACACCACCUCAGGGAUCUUAUGGCUCUCCCCCCUCAAUGUCCCCCAUGAGGGGUAUGGGAACCCCCGCGGUCACACCUCCGCCUCAACAGGUCCGCCCCCCUAGUGCAGGCCUUGCUCCAGAGGUAGGGGGGUACCCCGGAGCUCCACUCCAGGCCCCUAACCCCAUGGCCCCCCCUCAGAGAAACCCCACUCCCCUAGGCGCUCAGCAACCGCAACACCAUCCCCAGCACCUCUCCCACCCACAGCAGCACCCCCACAUGCCCCCGAGCCAGCAGCUCUACCCGGGCAUGUCCCCCAACCAGAGAGGCCCACUCGACCAGGUGAGACCUCCAGGUCCUAUGGCCCACGGUGAGCCUCCAGGACCACAGGACCAGCGGCUGCUCCCUCCCCAGCAACAGGCUCCCAGACCUGGGCUGCAGCCUCUUCCCAUGGCCUUCCAGCAGCAGGUGCACCCAGUCCAUGCCGCUUUGCCCCCGUCACAGGCUCAGACACAUCUGGCCGGCCCCCAACACCAGAGCUCCCCGCCCAACCAGCCACCUUGGGCGCCGGCAGCACACCAGUCGCCUCCAACCCCCCAGAAAGUGCCUUACAUACAGUAUUCCCCGUCAGAUCCAUCAUCUGAGAUGACUGCUUCUGACAAGACACCCGCCUCGGGGGCAAACUUCCAGCCAGCCAACCGUGACAAGCAGCCCACCGAGCAGAAACCAAAAAAGAAGAAGAAGAAGAAAGCCAAGGUGAUUGAGGAGGAGGAAGUAGCAGAGGGGGAUAAGAAGCCCAAAAAGAAGAAGAAAGGUGGAAGUAUAGAGGAAGGUGACAAGGAGGAGAGGAAACAGAAGGUCGGGGGCAGUCCCUGGGUGGAGGUUGACCCUCUGACAGGCGCCCUGGAAGAAUCGCUGGUGGUGGAGAAGAAGACAAAGAAGAAACCAAAGGAGAAGGAGCCUAAAGAGCCCAUGACACCCAAGACUCCGAAAACACCCAAGACCCCCAAAGAGCCCAAGGAGAAGAAAGCCAAGAGCACUACCCCCAAGGCCAAGACGCCCAAGAAGCCCAGCAGCACUAAGAAGGUGGAGUCAGCGGAGUGCAGUGGCAGCAGUGUGACAGAGACCAAGAGGAAGAGGGAGCCCUCGGUCAGCUUCGAUGUGGAGAAGUCACCCCCAGCCCCCUCCGAUGAGGACGACGACAGUGUCCAGAAGCGUCGUUCCAGUCGUCAGGUGAAGAGGAAGCGCUAUACAGAGGAACUGGAGUUCAGGAUCUCGGACGAUGAUGGAGACGCGUCCCCCUUCAACAACUCUGAACAGCAGGAGGUGGAGACAGAGGGGCCUGUGGUGGAGAAGAUCAUGGCAAUACGCAUGGGGAAGAAGGUGAUGGAAUCGGGAGAGGAAAUGGAAGUGGAAGAAUUCUAUGUGAAGUUCAAGAGCUUCUCCUACCUGCACUGUCGCUGGGCAGAUCUGGAGGAACUUGAGAAAGACAAAAGGAUCCACCAGAAGGUCAAGCGGUUCAGGGCCAAACAGGCCCUCCCCACCUUCGUGACAGAGAUGGAUGACGAGCCUUUCAACCCAGACUACGUUGAGGUGGACCGGGUACUGGACGUGUCAGAGAGCACAGAUGAGAACGGAGAGCCUGUAAAGCUGUACCUGGUGAAGUGGUGCUCCCUGCCCUAUGAGGAUAGCACAUGGGAGCUGAAGGCCGACAUCGACCAGGCCAAGAUCGAUGAGUACGAGGCCGUGGCAGCCCGCCAGCCCGAGACCAAGCGUUUGGAGCGACCUCCCACCGAAGACUGGCAGAAAUCCGAGAGUUCCAGGGAUUAUAAAAACGACAACGCACUCAGGGAAUACCAGCUGGAGGGAGUGAACUGGCUGCUCUUCAACUGGUACAAUACACGGAACUGCAUCCUAGCAGAUGAAAUGGGCCUGGGCAAGACCAUCCAGUCCAUCACAUUCCUUUAUGAGAUCUACCUGAAGGGCAUUCACGGGCCCUUUCUGGUCAUCGCCCCGCUCUCCACCAUUCCAAACUGGGAGAGGGAGUUCCGCACGUGGACCAAUCUCAACGUCAUCGUCUACCACGGCAGCCAGGCCAGCCGCAAGACCAUCCAGGCCUACGAAAUGAACUACCGCGACGCGCAGGGCCGUGUGAUAAAGGGAGCGUACAAAUUCCAUGCGGUCAUCACCACAUUUGAGAUGAUUCUGACAGACUGCCCGGAGCUGCGCAGCGUCCCAUGGCGCUGUGUGGUCAUCGACGAGGCUCACCGCCUCAAGAACAGGAACUGCAAACUGCUGGAGGGACUCAAGAUGAUGGACAUGGAGCACAAGGUGCUGCUGACUGGGACCCCCCUGCAGAACACGGUGGAAGAGCUCUUCAGUCUGCUCAACUUCCUGGAGCCAGAACGCUUCCCCUCAGAGAACACCUUCAUGCAGGAGUUUGGAGACCUCAAGACUGAGGAGCAAGUCCAGAAGCUGCAGGCCAUCCUGAAGCCCAUGAUGCUGCGACGUCUCAAGGAGGACGUGGAGAAGAACCUGGCCCCCAAGGAGGAGACCAUCAUCGAGGUGGAGCUGACCAACAUCCAGAAGAAGUACUACCGGGCCAUCCUGGAGAAGAACUUCUCCUUUCUGUCUAAAGGAGGACCGGGAGGAGGAGGUGGCGCAUGGGGAGGUGGAGGGGCUCAGGUCCCCAACCUUCUCAACACCAUGAUGGAGCUGAGGAAGUGCUGCAACCACCCCUACCUCAUCAACGGUGCAGAGGAGAAGAUCCUGGAAGACUUCCGUGAGAACCACCAUGCCGAGAUGCCCCAGUUCCACCUACAGGCCAUGAUCCAGGCGGCGGGCAAGCUGGUGCUGAUCGACAAGCUGCUGCCCAAGCUGAAGGCCGGGGGACACAGGGUCCUCGUCUUCUCCCAGAUGGUGCGCUGCCUGGACAUCCUGGAGGACUACCUCAUCCAGAAACGGUACCCGUACGAGCGUAUCGACGGCCGUGUGAGGGGUAACCUCCGGCAGGCUGCGAUUGACCGCUUCUCUCGUCCGGACUCUGACCGCUUUGUCUUCCUGCUGUGUACCCGGGCUGGAGGCCUGGGCAUCAACCUGACCGCUGCUGACACCUGCAUCAUCUUUGACUCGGACUGGAACCCCCAGAAUGACUUACAGGCGCAAGCCAGAUGCCACAGGAUUGGCCAGAGCAAGGCUGUGAAGAUCUACAGACUGAUCACCAGGAACUCCUACGAGAGGGAGAUGUUUGACAAGGCCAGCCUCAAGCUGGGCCUUGACAAGGCUGUGCUGCAGUCCAUGAGUGGCCGAGAGAACGCAGCCAACGGGGUGCCACAGCUAUCUAAGAAGGAGGUGGAGGACCUCCUACGUAAAGGAGCCUACGGAGCUUUGAUGGACGAGGAGGACGAGGGCUCUAAGUUCUGCGAAGAGGACAUUGACCAGAUCCUCCAGAGACGAACCCAGACCAUCACCAUUGAGUCCGAGGGCAAGGGGUCCACCUUCGCCAAGGCCAGCUUUGUGGCCGCUGGGAACAGGACGGACAUUUCCCUGGAGGACCCGGACUUCUGGCAGAAGUGGGCCAAGAAGGCGGAGCUCGACAUGGAAGCCAUCAAUGGACGGAACACCUUGGUGAUUGACACUCCGAGGGUGCGGAAGCAGACACGCCACUACAGCUCGAUGAAGGAGGACGAAUUGGCAGAGUUCUCUGAGCUGGAAAGUGACGGUGAGAACGAGAAGCCCUUGACCAAACCCAGGCGGCCCCAGGACCGAGCCCACGGGUACCCCCGUAGCGAGUGCUUCAGGGUGGAGAAGAACCUGCUGGUUUAUGGGUGGGGUCGCUGGGGAGACAUCCUGUCCCGCGGGCGUUUCAAGCGGCCCCUGCAGGAGCAAGACGUGGAGACCAUCUGCCGAGCCCUGCUGGCCUAUUGCCUGCUGCACUACCGCGGCGACGAGAACAUCAAGAGCUUCAUCUGGGACCUCAUCACGCCCUCUGAGGACGGACAGAGUCGCACGCUCACCAACCACUCCGGUCUGUCUACUCCAGUACCACGGGGUCGUAAGGGGAAAAAGGGGAAACCAGCCCCGCCUGCUCCUCCCCAGCUCCCCAGGGCAGAGUGGCUUGCCAGCUGUAACCCUGACCUGCUACUGCAGGAGGACAGCUACAAGAGACACCUCAAACACCACUGUAACAAAGUUCUCCUGAGGGUCCGUAUGCUCUACUAUCUGCGACAGGAAGUCAUCGGUGACCACGCCGACAGGAUCCUAGAGGGAACAGACUCAAGUGAAAUGGAUAUCUGGAUCCCUCAGCCUUUCCACGCUGAGGUGCCCGCCGAUUGGUGGGACAGCGAGGCAGACAAAUCGCUGCUCAUCGGCGUCUUCAAACACGGCUACGAGAAGUAUAACUCUAUGCGUGCUGACCCUGCGCUGUGUUUCCUGGAGCGAGUGGGCAUGCCCGACGCCAAGGCCAUCGCUGCAGAGCAGAGGGGGGCGGACAUGAUGGCAGAUGGUCCGGAGGGAGAGGAUGAGGACCCAGAGUACAAGCCUCUCCGCAUGCCCUUUAAAGAUGAGAUGGAGGACUUCACUAACUCGCCCCUGGAAGACAAAGAGGAAGCUGUGGACGUUGAGAGUGGUGAAUCUAAACCAGGUGAGAAUGUAGCAGGCAGCAGAGGGGCGUGUCGUCUGUACUGGCCGGCGGCCUCAGUCCUCACCGCUAGACUCCGCCGCCUCAUCACGGCCUACCAGCGCACGCACAAGAGGGAGCAGCUCCGCCAGGAGGCCAUGGCCCGGCCCGACGGCCGCCGCCGCCGCCGGCCCCGAGAACAACUCUUCUCCCUGGUCACCGAUGGAGGAGGGGCCUACGUGCAGGAGGAUGUAGCCUGCAUGGCAGAGGGAAGUCCUUAUAUGGCCAAGGGCGGAGCUUUUAUGCCUGAGGCGACGGCACUCCUGGCGGAAGGAGGGGCCUUCUUCAAAGAGAGGCGUCAGAGAUGGACCAGGCGUGAGGAAUCAGACUUCUACCGGGUGGUGUCCACCUUUGGCGUGAUCUAUGACACGGACCGCCAGCGCUUUGACUGGACCCAGUUCAGGGCCUUCGCCCGGCUGGACAAGAAGAGUGACGAGAGCCUGGAGAAAUACUACUUCUCCUUCGUGGCCAUGUGCAAGCGGGUGUGUCGCAUGCAGGUCAAAGCCAACACAGAGCUCCCAGACCCUACCCUGAUAAUCGACCCCAUCACGGAGGAGCGCGCCUCGCGCACCCUCUAUCGCAUCGAGCUGUUGCGCCGCAUCCGCGAGCAGGUGCUGCCCCACCCCCUGCUGGGCGAGCGCCUGCGCCUCUGCCAACCCAGUUCAGACCUGCCUGAGUGGUGGGACUGCGGCCGGCACGACCGCGACCUCCUCCUGGGCGCCUCCAAGCACGGCGUGAGCCGCACUGACUACCACAUCCUCAACGACCCUGCGCUGGGCUUCCUGGAGGCCCACAGGAAGUUCACCCAGGGGGGAUCGGCUGGGGUGCCUCAGCCGCCCCGUGAUGGAGCUCCCGCCACUGCUUCUCCCUCCUCCACUGAGCAGGCCACAGCUACUGCUGGUGCUGAGAAAUCCUUACCUGUCAAAGAGGAGGAAGGUGAGGAAGAAGGGAAGGAGAUGAAAGAGGAAGGUGACGACGACAUUCCAUGUACUAAAACCGAGAAACCAGACGAAGGCAAGGAGGAAGAAAUGGAGGCGGAGAAGGAAGAUAAGGCUGGGUCUCCCAAGAAGGUGAAGGAGGAGGAAGAGAAGGGAGAGGCGAAAGAGAAAGAGGAGAAAAUGAAGGUCAACGGCAAUGCUGACGGAGAGACUUCCAUGGAGGCCAAUGCUGACGGAGAGACUUCCAUGGAGGCCAAUGCUGACGGAGAGACUUCCAUGGAGGCCAAUGCUGACGGAGAGACUUCCAUGGAGGCCAAUGCUGACGGAGAGACUUCCAUGGAGGCCAAACCUGAGGAGUACAAAGCUCCCACUGAGGAGACCAAGGACCAGUACAAAAAGCUAGAAUUCCAGGAGAAACCAGAGUCUCCUAAAGCAUCAGAAAACCAGGAAACCAAGAAGGAAGAGCGAGAGGAGAAAGAAGGAAGCCCAGCCAAGUCUCCCAAGUCUCCUAAACCAGUGGCUGAGAAAGGCCCCGAAGAGGAGGAUGAGGAGAAGAUGGAGGAAGACGACAAGUCUGAGAAGUCCUCUCAAGCUGAAGCGGGCGCCACCUCGGAGCAGAAGAACUUUGACGAGGAGAGCAACGCCUCACUGAGCACCACUGCCAGAGACGAGACCCGCGAUGGGUUCUGCCCCGAGGACGGAGAACCCUCAGCCAUCCAGGCCCUCCAGGAGAGAACCACCUCCUCCUUCUGGCCUAAGGACCGUGUGAUGAUCAAUCGCAUGGACAACAUCUGUGAUGCGGUCAUCAAGGGCAAGUGGCCCGCCAACCGACGUCAGUUCUUUGAUUUCCCAGGCCUGUUGCCUGGAUACCCCGGCCCCAUGGUGUCUGAAAGCCCCACGCAGAGGCGGAGCCUGGCUGAACUGUCGACGGCAGCGGCCGCUCAGACCAGCUUCAGCGGCAGCGAGGACCUCACCCACUCGCCCCAGGUUAAUGAGGAUGCUCUGAGCAUAUUGCCGAAGCAGCGUCGUCGCAGGCGGAGGAAGGUGGAGAUAGAGGCAGAGCGUGCAGCCAAGCGCAGGAACCUGAUGGAUAUGGUGGCCCAGCUCAGAGAGUCUCACGCUGCAGAGUCCCAGAGCCAGGCCAUGGAUCUUACCAAGGGUAUUAUGCACCAGCACCUCAAGGCGUCAGCGUCGUCCCUGGUGAGCUACUCCAGCAGCAUGGUGCAGGCGGCCACGCCUUCCAGACACAGGGCCAACGGCUCAUUGGCCGAGGCUGACCUGCCCACCAGGAGGAGGCGGGGCCGCAGGAAAAAUGUGGAGGGGCUGGAGCUGCUGUUCAUGAGAGGAGCCACGGAGGAUUCCGAGAGGACCAAAGCUUCAGUGGAGGGGGUGCAGAUGCCCCCACGUUCCCACCGCCACAACAUUCCCAGCACCUCCACCCGUGUCCCCUCUGUCAGCGCUUUAGAGGACGGGGAGGCUGGUACCCCCUCUAACAAAGACCUGAGGGACUGGCUCAGACAGCACCCCACAUACACCAUGGACAUGCCUACUGCAUACACACCAAAGAGUGAGGAGACGCUCCUCUCCUCCCAGUUCCCCAAACCCAAGCAAAAGAGACACCGCUGCCGGAACCCAAACAAGAUCGACAUCAACACACUCACCGGAGAAGAGAGGGUUCCCGUGGUCAACCGGAGAAACGGAAGAAAGAUGGGUGGAGCCAUGGCCCCUCCCAUGAAGGAACUGCCCAGAUGGCUCCUGGAGAACCCAGAUUUUGCCAUUGCUCCUGACUGGACUGACAUUGUCAAGCAAUCGGGCUUCCUCCCUGAGGCCAUGUUCGACCGUCUCCUGACUGGGCCCGUGGUGCGUGAAGAGGGCGUCCGUCGUCGGGGAAGACGUCCCAAAUCGGAGAUUGCCAAGGCAACAGCGGCUGCUGCGGCAGCAGCCCAGGCUGCAUCCUCCGGAGGCCUUAACCCCCUGCUGAUAAACGGCCUGUUUGGAGGCAUGGACCUCACCAGCCUGCAGGGCCUACAGAGCCUCCAGAGUCUGCAGCUGCAGCUCAUGGGCUUCCCCGGCAUGGGGGGGACUGAUGCUAAACACGCCUCGGCCAUGCUGCCUCUCAUGCUGCCUGGCAUGGCUGGCAUGGCUGGUAUGGGCGGUCUGCCCAACAUGUUUGGCCUGGGAGGCCUGUUCGGAAGCAACCUGGCUGCAGCCGCCUCAGCUGCAGCCACCCCUGCUGCAGCCUCCAACGGCACCAACGACGAGGGCGAUUCAGACGAGACGUCGAAGAGAGACUCCAGGGAGGGUGGAGAAGCGAGAGAUGAGGAGAAAGAGGACACUGGGGAGGAGGCAGAGUCGAGCGAGGCUAAUGGGGAUGCCGCGGCUCUGAACAUGGCUGCUGCCGCUAUGGCCGCCUCUGGCAUGUCUGCUAACUCCCUGGCCUUCAACCCCUUCCUGCUGUCCACCAUGGCCCCGGGGCUCUUUUCCCCCUACAUGUUCCUGCCCCCUGGCCUGGGAGGUCUCACCCUGCCUGGCUUCCCCCACACUGCCCUGGCCGACCUGCAGAGUGCCAUGGCUGGAACAAUUGGGGCCGCCUCUGGAGCUCAGGGCCAGGAGAAAGAGCCCAGCCAGGUUGCCCUGGACUGCCCUGAUGCUGCUACCGCAGACCCAGAGACUGCUGAUGACAGUGACUCAGCUGAGAGCCUGGAGAAGACUGCAGAGUCGUCUGCGCUAGAAGACGAGGCCUCCGCAUUGGCCGAGGAAGCCGGCUCGCUGGAGGACCUGGCGGCCGAGGAAGAGGAGGAAGGAGAGGAUGCCCCUGAGGAAGAGAAGAGUGACUGAAACUAACUGGCCUUUGA